AUGUCCGUUGCCUCCUUACGAAGUAACGAACCAGCUAAUAAUGAUAUGAUCAGGCUUGAAACAGUGCGUGAAAAAUUGUUAAAAGAAGCGGAGGAUCAAUUGGCAAGAUAUGAUUCGUUAGGAUUAGGAGGGUUAGGAAAAGGAAAAAAUGGUGAAGAAAUAAAAAUCAAAAGACCACGAAUAAAAAAGAACAACACUAUUAGUGGGUCAUUCAUCAACCCAAAUGUACUUGUUUCAACUGCUUCAAGGAAGAGUGCGCGUACACGUACAACAAUGGUUGUGUUUGGAAUAAAAAUUCAAACCAAAAGGUCUAAAAAACAACCACCCAAAGAACUAUUUGGGCCACCAUCACCGAUAUAUGAUGAGAUGUUAAUGGAACGUGAUGAAUGGAGGUUAAAUGAACAUAAAGAACAAGUUGAGGCUAAUAAAGAACUUAAUAACUUUACAAUAGCCAAUCCAAUAUAA